GACACACACAAGCCAAGUGACCGCCUCUCUGCUCACUCACUCCGUGCCACCCCCGCCGCCUGCGCGUCCGCGAACCCCGAGCGAGGCCGAUGUCGUCGCAGCGGCCGGGCCGGCACCAGCGCCGGGCGUCGCAGAGCGUGUUCGUGCUCCCGGAGAACCUCGCCACCCUCGACGUCGACGCGGUGGCCGAGGCCGGCGGGAAUAAGGCCGGCGCCGAGCAGCAGGCGAGGCCGCCGGCGGGGCGCCACCGCCGGGCGAUGUCGGUGGCAGUGGCGUCCAGGGACCUGGAGCUGAUCAAGGAGGACCUCGGCAGCUACAAGAUCGGCGCCUGAGCUCGCCAGAGGCCGUGCGCCUCCACACUUGGCGUCGCGUGUGUAUAGAGCCCUGUGGGUGAACCGUACCCGAAGCUGGCUUUGAUCGACGCUUACUAGUUGGCUCAAGUUAUUAAGUUCUCCGUUGGUCUUUUUUUUUUUGGCUCAUGCCUGUCACACUACUGCUAUGUAAACUUCUCAUCACGACGAAGAAAGUAUUUGAACUUUUAAUCGCAUACCAAGAUCGAUCGGUACCUCUGCUCUGCGACAGCGGCAGGACUUCGUUCUCUGCGUUGUAUUUUGAUAGCCAUAAAAAAAAGGGUAGUGAUGAUCACCAGUU